AUGUUUAUAAUUGGUACAAUUUCGGCCGUAUAUGAUGAUUCUGUCCCAUCGACAUGGGAUAUUGGUGCUAAUGAUGAUGUACUUAAGCACGAAACUUUCCUCCGAGCCAACAAUCAGGAUGAAAAUAAAACAUUUGCUGCUGCUAUACGAGCCUGUGAAAGAGCAAUUGGUCGCGAAUUGAACGAGGAUCAAAUUGAGCGAGUUCAUCGUGCAAUCAGCAAACAAGGCUAUGGAUACCAUGAAUUUCUUGACGAAUGCAUUGCUAUGUUUGACUAA